GCGGCAGUGAACGGCCUGGGACGGAGUCUUUCCGAGACUACUCAAUUUUUUUAAAUCUUUUAAAAUCUGAAACUGGUAAUUAACCUUGCAUACUUUGUUUACAUAAUAUAUUUGGCUGUUACACUGUAGUGUUAGAUAUGAAAAAGUGAAUGUCAAGGUAAUUACAAACUAAACAACCGUCUUAACAUUUAGCUAAAGCUAACGAUAGAAAUUGGUCAUUUAGGUAGGCCUCUGUUAUGGAGCAGAUGAUAAGAUAACCCUUAACGACAAGAGCGUAUUAUGUUAACGUUGAUAUUUAUUUGAUGUUCAGUAUUCUGAUAACAGCGAAUAGUUAGCCAGGCUAACUAAUAUUCAAAACUCCUCUAUUGUAUAUUUAAAGUUAGCUAACGUUAUUUUAAUGUUUGUCGAUUUCUAGUCGUACAGUAGUGUUUCUUCAUCACUGCUGGGAAUCGCUCGUAGUUCGUUCCAGCUAGCUUUGGGCUACUUUUUAUUAAACAGUAAGUAUGUGAUUGUUUUCUUGACUGUCUUGGUUUUUAAGCUUGACCAUACAUAUCUUGAACCAACACUGAAGGUGACCUGUAACGCAUGUUAUCUGCCAAGAAACGUCGAUUCUAGUAAGCGGUCUCAGAUAUGUUAACGUUGCCCGAUUAGUGACUAUUAUGACUGUGCCCCCAGAAGUAUUUAUUUUUAAUGCGAAUUAGUAACUCUGUGAAUCAUUAUUUUUAACCCGUUUUUUUCCGUGUAAGUGCAUUUUGUUAUUGAGAGUUAAUUUUCCUGGUCCAUAAGAUGGAAGCCAGAGUUGUUCUUCAGGCCGAUCAUCAGUGUCGAACUAAGGCCUCCAUGUCUAGACUGCAUAAACAGCCCAGGUCUGGGCUCCCACAAACUGCAAAUUCAGUUGUUCUUCAUUCUGGAUUAGAUACCUGAAAUAUGUAAACGUGGGUUGUAAUGCAAUGUAGUAACAGCAAGUUUGUCCACUGACCUGGACCCCUGUUCUAGCGUGCUUCUACUCUUGACUCUUGAUGCUGUAUCUCUGUGUGGAAAUGUCCAACUGUCUCCUUUGUAUUUGUGCACAACUGUCUGUCUCUUAAUAACCAAUUUUCAGUUCCCUGGGGAGCGUUUUUCAUUGAUUUGUAGGUUUAAAACCAUCCUCUUGGUCCUUUCUGGGAAUCCCUGGAUAUGGAUAGCUUGCCCCCUUCAGAAUACAUUGGCAGAAGAUUUUUUUUUCUCUUCAGCAUUGGUAAUCAGCAGCUGAAAAUCUCUAGAAGCUUGAAUAUCCUGCCAUUUUUUUCUACUGCAUCACUCAAAUGUCACCAAGUGUGCAAAAUGCCUCCGAGCCCAAGAAGAAGCUGAGGAUUUUUCCACCCACCAUCCCUCGUUUGUCCCCUUUUCAACACAUCAAUUUAACCAUUUUUGGAUCGUUUUUUUUUUUUUUCCUUUUUUCUUUUCUGGCUGUGUAUGUCCCCCUAUUGCUUUCUUUCCUUGGUUACACCAAUUAAUAAAAAAUAAUAAAAAAAAACCCCAAAGGACUAUAUUGCACCCUCCAUCAGUAAUGUUUAGCUGUCUGGCGGAGAUAAAGAUGUCUCAGACAGUCUCAGAAAAGGGAUGUCGUAGGAAGACAAGUGUCUCUGGGCGAUCCACCCCCCUUUUCCUCUUAUCUCAUGGAUCAAGUGUUCCUUCAGGACUCCAUACCACCUCGGUGACAUCCUACCAACAGUGCGCUCAGGAGGGAGACGACUUCAUAGCCACCUCAGGAAGAGUCCUGUUGGCCCUGAAGAGACCCAGCUGCUAGGCUUAAAGGUCGUAACCUCAUCACCUCCGUCACUCAAGACGCAUACCAGCAUUACUAUGACCAACCAUGGAGAUGACUGCUACUUCUUCUACUAUUCCACCUGCACUAAAGGAGACAGUUGCCCCUUCAGACACUGUGAGGCAGCUAUGGGCAAUGAGACCGUCUGCAACCUCUGGCAGGAGGGACGAUGCUUCCGUAAUGUCUGCAAGUUUCGCCACAUGAAGAUCACAAAAAACCGAAAGGAGAUACCUUGUUAUUGGGAGAACCAAGCAGCCGGCUGCCAGAAGCCACACUGUGCCUUCUUCCAUGAAAAGCCCCGCUACAUUGACGGCAUGUUUGUCUCACCUGAUAAAAGUCUAAGCAAGAAUGAGGAACAGCCGCAUGAGGAACCAGCUCCCCCACCAGCUGCCCCUCUCCCCACUGCAACCAAUCCUCAGCUCAGAGGUGUCAUCAAGACAGAAGCUCAGGAGCCAGUACCGAGUCCCACCCAUCCACCUGUGGUGAUCAAUCCAGCAGAUGAUGACGAGGAUGAAGACGACCAGUUCUCAGAGGAGGGAGAGGAUGGCAAGCUUGGCUCUUCCUCUAGAAAACUACCCAAAUCAGAUGACUCGCUGAACUUUGGAGUGAGCACGCUGGAGGAGAUCCGGCUGAGGAAGGCCCUGAAGGCCAGCAUGAAGAGAGCUGGUUACCCCAUCCAGAGUGCUGAUACCUCAGCCAACAGAGAGAAAGAAAACAUCCGGUCAUUUUUUCGACCAGGCCUGCAUGAAGCGAGAGACGGCCUACUUGAAGAAGCUGAGAGCCCAAGAGGCAGUGUGACUGAAAGGCUUGGGAGGAAGAUGCCCAGCACGGAUGUGAAAAGCAGAGAAGGUGUCCCACUGAGAAGGAGUCUAGCUGAGCGUCUGGGCAGAGUUGUGGAUCAGGAAGCGCCAUUAAUGCCCCUGAAGAAAGCUUUGAUGCCUGUCAAGGAAAGACUUGGAUUGUCUGCAGAGUCUGUUGCCACUCAACCAGCUGAAACCAACAAAGAGUCAACGGAAGGUCCUGAGCAGAUUCACAUCAAAACUCUGGAGGAGAUCAAACAGGAGAAGGCAGCAAAGUCUCAGUCAAAAGGGGGCCCUUCAGUCGUGGCUCCAGAAAUCAGCAGUACCAAAACCACCAGAGGUGUCAAACGAGCCAUUAGCAUAAAAGACCACUCCAUUAGCCACGUUAAAACGUUCUCUGAGAUUCUUUGUGCCAAGAAGAGAAGACAGGAAGAACAGCAGGAGCAGAAUAAGACGGCCAAACACACUGUGGAGAAAGCUCUGGGAAAGAGCCAGGCAGAGCCUGACACAGCCAAGCCUGGUCCUGAGGCCAUAAACCUCGGGGGUGUAAGAGUAAAGACCCUGGAGGAGAUCCGCAGGGAGAAGGCAGAGAGGAUUCAGGCUCAGCAGGCCCUGGAGGCUAAAAACAAAGACAGCUCUGAUACUGAGGAAAACAGUGCUAAGAAGCCACGCCUACUGCGCAUCAGUAAACCAGCGUCCCAAAGCAACACCACAGCAGAGAAGAGUGCUGAGGUGACAGAGAAGCCACUGAAAAGUCAUGCUGUUGCUUCUGAGACAAAUGUUACCAAUGGUAACAGUGUCAAGGUCAAGACCUUCGAGGAGAUCAUGAGGGAGAAACGCCUCCGCAAGCAGGAAAUGGAGGAGCAGGCCAAAGGCUCGAGUGAAGCAGAACCUGGUCAGAAACAGACCACUGAAGGAACCCUGAAGAGAAAGGUUCCUGUUAAAGUCAGUCUCACACCGCCAGGCUCUUCAUCACCUUCCUCCACCACUCCGGUCCCUGACACUACCCUUUCCACCCAGAAGGUCCCUGUUCGUAAACUGAUCCCCCUCAGAUCCAAGGCUGCUCUGAACAGCAAUACUACUCCUGGUACCAGAGGGGCUGCUGGUACCUCAGUCCCUGUGAAGCAGAGCUCUUCUCCACUGGAGGCUGAGACUGAGUCCUGCUCUCAGAGCCCCAGCAGCUUAAGGGAGGUCCCAGACAAAAACACAAACUCUACCACAUUGUCACCAGCCAAGCAGACCAGAGUGUCUCCUCAGGGUCCUGUUGCAGAGGCCUUUACUGCUGAAAAAACACUGAACAAUAAUCAGAAGAAAUCCCCAGAGCACACUACAGAUACCAAAGUGAGGCCCAAACUGAAUGUGAAGCCGUCUGUCAUGAAGCUUGCAGUGCAGGUGAAACCAGGCCAGAAGAGGAGAGGAGCAGAGCGAUCUGCUGUCGCUGCUGUUAAACCUUUGAACAGCGCCUCCACAGUGUUGGAGGAGCCACUACAGGAGACAACAUGCAGAGACAGACAGGUGUUGGCAUCUUCCAGUGCAGAGGCUCAGCUGAGCUCUGCUGUACCACCUAGUCCCAGCACCUUGUUGGACUCAGGCUGCAGCUCCAGCCCACUAAGAGAGGAGCUCCAGACUGUCCCUGUCUUCAAACACAGUCAGAGCCAGGAAACCAAGCCAACUGUCAGUGUUCCUUCUGCCAGAGAGGCCUGUACAGUCCCCCAAAGCCCAGUGCUGAAGACUCCCACUCAGCCAAAGUCACGGAGAACAAGCGUAGCUGCGUCCCGCACCAUCUCCACCUCCAACGCUGCUGCCUCCGCCUCUGCUGUGGACGACUUUGAGGAGCUGAUCAAUGAAUUCACUGACGACCAUUUGGAGGAUGAAGACGUGGACCCUGCCAUCGGAGAGGAUGACCUGCUGCAGGAACUGUCAGAGAUGAUUGACAGCUGAGGGCUCCAUUGAGCUCGAUCAACACGCUGCUCUAACUUGUCACCCACAACCGUGUCUGGUGACUCUAUAUUUUAAGGAAGUGAAGACCAUCACCCACUAUCCACCACAAAGUGUUUCAAAAAGACAUUUCUUUUUCUUAAAAGUUGAACUUAUUUUAAGCUUUAGGUUCAUCUUUGUUUUCAUUUUCAUUUCCUGUCCAAAUGAUUAUCUGAUGCCCCAGGUGUUGUUCUGCAGUGCGUUGAUUUUUUUAUCAUGUCUCUUUAUGAUCAUUGUCAAAUUUAUCAGUUCCUGAAAAGAGAAAAUGAAAAAAAGAUCUGGUACUGGGAGACGUGAAGAGUUUGUCAAGAAUUCCUGCAAGUUAAAUGUUAGGAAUGAUGAAUGUGUCAUUUUAGAGAGAAGUCAUAUGUGUAUACUGUGUAUGCAAAGGGAAGAGCAAGCUCAAUCUAGAAAUAAUGAAUACUGCACUUAACAGUAGCUGCCCCCAACUACCUUUGUUUUUUUUAUAACAGUGAGUGGACAAGACUGCUGUUGCCCAGCUAAUUUCCAGAUUAUGACAAAUACAUGUUUCAAUUUUACUGCAACAAUGACCCUGUCAACAAAGCUCAGGUCAGCACCUGAGAGGACAUCCAAAGUUUGUCAGUCAUGUUACUGUUAUUGAUCAUUUUAUCCAUCAGGUAUAUGUGCUCUGUUGAAUUCUCUUCAAGAUCUUGUGGAGUGCACCUUCUAUCUGUGAUGGUCCCUAACUGGUUUUGUAAUGUUUGAAAUGUGUGUAUUUUUUUAAGCAGUUCUUUUAUUCAGUGGGCAUAUUUUGGAAUAACUAGUCUGGGUUAAGUGCUCCUGGUAUUUGUUAAUUAAUGAACACCUCAGGGAUGGUUUCUGAUGUUUAUAUGUUCUUUAUAUGAUUGACAGAUGCUGUAUUACAGUUCAACAAUGCUGUCUUUGUUUGUCUUUUUCUCUUUUGUGUUAGCAUUGGUUUGUCAAUGUGGUCUGAGAAAAGACCAACUUUUGGUCAUAAUAUGUGUUUGUUUUGUCCUGACCCUUUCCCACAAACUUACUGUUCAAAGUGACUUGUACAAAUUACUGUGUAAAUAAAAAAUACUUUUAA